UGGUAGAUGCCUUACUCCUCAGUCUGCUAUCAACUCUAGUCUCGAGACCCUCGAGCCGCGCAUCUUCCUCUUCAGACUCACAACCCAUGUCUCGAGGGUCAAGAAUCUAGUGAUUUCUUUAAGGACCAACAGUGAAAAAAGUUGGCUGUGUUUUUAGGGAGUGAUAUUUCCAUGGCUCGGCCGCCCAAAACAACGACGUGGUUGUCAUAGUCCAAUAACCAGACAAUGUUUCGGUAAUUUGAAACCUAGCAGCAACCCUAGACUCGAAAAUGUUAGUGCCCUCGGAUAUGCUCUCGGCCUCCACGAAGAUGGCCUAUCAGAUCAACAAGUACUUUGGUGAGCGGGUAAUGAACCGCAAAAGUCAGGUGGCCAAGACAAUCCAGGAGGUUUGCAGAGUUGUGCAGGACGUCUUGAAGGAAGUAGAGGUCCAGGAGCCAAGGUUCAUCUCAUCCUUGACGGACUAUAACGGCAGGUUCGAUGGGCUCGAUGUGAUUUCGCCCACAGAAUUCGAAAUAGUGAUAUACCUAAAUCAGAUGGGAGUCCUUAACUUCGUCGAUGACGGAACACUUCCUGGAUGUGCAGUUCUUAAGCUCAGUGACGGCAGAAAAAGAUCCAUGUCCCUAUGGGUGGAGUUCAUCACCGCAUCAGGAUAUCUCUCUGCCAGAAAAAUUAGAUCCCGAUUUCAGACUCUUGUUGCCCAAGCCUGCGACAAGUGCGCUUAUAGAGAUUCUGUUAAGAUGAUUGCGGAUACGACCGAAGUCAAACUGAGGAUCCGGGAACGUUACGUAGUGCAAAUCACGCCUGCUUUUAAGUGUGCUGGACUCUGGCCCAGAUCGGCUUCACACUGGCCCAUUCCUCAUAUUCCCUGGCCACAUCCAAAUAUCGUUGCUGAGGUCAAAGCUGAGGGAUUUGAUAUGCUCUCAAAGGAAUGCAUUGGACUCCAGGGCAAACAAUCAGCGAUGGAGGGUGAUGCUUGGGCCCUGUCUUUUAUUGAUGCAGAAAAUAGACUCCUCCAAGGUGCGAGCAGAAGAAGAUGUCUUAGUAUUCUUAAGACUCUGAGGGAUCGACAUCUGGACCUUCCAGGGAACCCUGUCACCAGCUACCAUAUGAAGACACUCUUGCUUUAUGAAUGCGAGAAGCAUCCUCAUGAAGCUGAGUGGGACGAGGCCUGCCUAGCGGACAGGAUUAACGGGAUAUUUUUACAAUUAAUUUCGUGUCUUCAGUGUAGAAGGUGUCCUCACUACUUCCUCCCAAACUUAGACCUCUUUAAAGGCAAGUCCCCUAGUGGUUUGGAGAAUGCAGCGAAGCAAGUUUGGAGACUCACGAGGGAAAUGCUGACCAACAGCCGAGCUUUGGAAAAGCUCUAAUUGGAAGAUUUUAGGGUUGAUGUUAUUUUUGCCGGACUCAGGCGAAGUCGUUUUUGUUUAAUUCAUCAGAAGCUGCAAUGUUAUUCUCACUCGGAAGUUGGCCGCCGGAAAUUAUCUAGAGGGCUAGCGUGAACGAUAGUAAAACUCACUGAUGCUUUUGCAGGACGAUAACUCAGUUAUAAAGUUAUAAGGGCAUAUGGAAUUUACUCACAACUUUCCUAGAUCAAAGCCCAAGAUGUUGAGGGUACUUUUAUUUAUAUUUCACGAACUCUUACAAGUUUCAUCAUUUUUAUCAGCUCAUAUUGAAGAUGAGAUUUCAGAGAUUGCGUCUUUUAAUUUCAGCUUUUUCGGCAACUUUCUUACCGAGUUAUCGUCUAUGAAAGACAUCAGUGAUUUUUAGUAGCCGUGUGAAUAUUUUUUAAUGGUAGUGAAGUUGCAAAUGAUUUGUGAAUCAGUGAUGCUGUGAUUGUGUCGUGAAUAAUUGUCAAAACGCUAGAGUCAGUGCCAUAGUCCUCAUACUAAAGUGAGCUGAUUGUGUGAAUGUCGCAGACAUUGAUCAAGAGUGAGCCGCAUUCGGAUUACUACGACAUAUUGUUGAGAAAGUUAGACGAAAGUUUAGCGACUUGCGAAAUUAUCUUAUGACCAGGAAGUACCAAAGUUAUUUCUUCAUUUCAGAACUUUGAUUAAGAGUUGAGAAUUUCCUCCUAGGCGGAAAAUCGUAUACGACUAAUAAUCAUUAAAAAUAAAAGUGUUCAUUAAUAACCUGGUCUAAAAGUUCUAUGAAAAAUUAAAAUUUACAGAAAGCAAUCUUUGAAAUCUUAUCUUUAAUAUAAGCAAACGAAAUUAGGAAGUCUCUGCGGGUUACCGAGAUAUAAAACAAAUCUCUUCACAAAUGUAUCUUAGCUCAAAGAAAUUAAAAAAAAAGUUACUUUAAUUCUUCCUGGGAAUAAGAAUGUUAAUCGUUGAACUGCCAUGCCGUCGCUAGUCGCGUUAAAGUUUGGAUUUGAGCCCUAAGUUUAUUUUUAUCGUGCAUUUCAACAAACUUUUUAAAAUUUGUCUGAUGAUCUAUAGUUUUUUUUUCGAGACCAAAGUUAACUUAUUGAUUUCUGAUACAAAUACAAUUUAUGUUUUUAAGUUUAAGUAACGAAAAUUAAUUUAUAAAAAUAAUGCAAACAAUUCAACACGACUAACGAUUGAGAUAAAUUUGCGAUCAGGCUUAUAGUUUAAUGCUGAUCGUGAAACAAAUGUGUUUUGUAAUAAAAUUUAUUAUUGUUAUUUUUACUCGCUACGAGAUUCAGACUGCAUUUCUAAAAUAGAAACAAUGUUUGGGCAUUUAAUGGCAAA